AUGUCACUCCGAGCCGGUCUUUUGGCUGUCCUCGUCGCCGGCACCGUCGCCAACCAGCCACUACCCGCUGUCGUCGCCCCUGUGCCGGCUUCCGCGCCGACAAUACCCUCCUGGACGGCCGACCUAGAGCGGGAUCUGCAACGGGUUCCCGAUGAUCUACACACCGCCGACGCGGCCCCGAUGACCGUCACGCACUUCACGAGGCAGCUGGACCUCGUCAGGCGGGAUCCUAACGCUGUUAUCGAAGUCCGAGGCACUGCCGUUGAGGCUCGCGGCGAUGCUGUCCCCGCUGAGCCAGCAGGGGGCUCAAGCGAUUCCUCGACAUCCUCAUCUUCUACUGCUUCUGCGUCUUCCUCAGACGCCACCACAUCGGCGCUACCAUUGCCCUUCGACAGCGCCCCAUCCUCCAUCUUCAAGAGCACCAGAAGCACAAAUGACGCCUGCCCGAACUUCAUGCAGAAGCUCCUCGACGACCCGACCUUUAAAAAGUGCUAUCCCCUCUCCAUGAUGCUCCGAACAUCGACAUCCUUCUUCCAAGCCUCCAAGCAGCUCGUCAGCAUCGUCCGCGUCCUCGAUGCAACUUGCGCGCCCGACGUCACCCAGUGCGACACCUUUCUCACCCAAGCCGCCAAGAACCUGCUCGAUUCGGCCAAUUGCAAGAAGGAGUACGAUGCAAACCAGCUCCAGGUCACCGAGGCCUUUCGCGGCCUGCGCGCCUACCGCGUGCUACGCGCCGUUGGCUGCCUGCACGACCCAACUACCCAGGGGUACUGCUUCGCCGCCGCCGUCACCAACAUCACCAACCCGAGCGACGUUUUCUUCUACUCGAUGCCGCUCGGCCUGCCACUGCCUGGCGGUGUAACACCAUCCUGCGGCGCGUGCACGGCCCGCACCAUGGCAGUGUUUCACGCUGCCACGGCGGACCGCGCGCACCCUAUUUCGGGGACCUACAGCAACGCCGCGCAGCAGGUCAAUACUAUCUGCGGGCCCGGCUUCGUCAACGACACGGCCACGUCGGGUGCAGGGCGCAAUGUUGCCGCGCCUGGCUUGGCGACGACGGUCGCGACGGUCGCCUUUGCGACAGUCUUGACCUUGACCGCUAUGGCCUGGUAG